UCUGGUUGUAUUGAUGGCAUGGAAAACUUCAUGGAAGAAAGCAAUUCAAGGAGGAGCUACUAUGCCUGUUUAAAUGGUUUCCUGCUUUUGGUAUCACCUGGGGACUGAUUAAGUACUGAGUACGUGGUGGCACAGCCAUCCAUGGAAUACUAUGAAAUCAGAAAAGAGGAUGCAGUAGAUGAGCUUGUGCUGCUGUGGACAGAUUUUAAGAUUACGCUUCAUGUCAGUAGAAAUGGACAGCAGCAGUUUUAUUCAGUUUGAUGUGCCCGAGUACAGCAGCACUGUUCUGAGCCAGCUAAACGAACUCCGCCUGCAAGGGAAACUAUGUGACAUCAUUGUUCACAUUCAGGGUCAGCCGUUCCGAGCCCACAAAGCAGUCCUUGCAGCCAGCUCCCCCUACUUCCGGGACCAUUCAGCAUUAAGUACCAUGAGUGGCUUGUCAAUAUCAGUGAUUAAAAAUCCCAAUGUGUUUGAACAGUUGCUUUCAUUUUGUUACACUGGAAGAAUGUCCUUGCAGCUGAAGGAUGUUGUCAGUUUUCUGACUGCAGCCAGCUUUCUUCAGAUGCAGUGUGUCAUUGACAAGUGCACGCAGAUCCUAGAGGGCAUCCAUUCAAAAAUCAGUGUUGGAGAUGUGGACUCCGUGACUGUCGGUGCGGAAGAGACCCCAGAGAGUCGUAAUGGAGUUAAAGACGGCAGCUACUUUGCCAACCCGGUGGAGAUCUCCCCUCCAUACUGCCCCCAGGUGCGGCAGCCUACCACAAGCAGUGAUCUUCGGAUGGAGACGACACCCAGCAAAGCCUUGCGCAGCCGUGUACAGGAGGAAGGGCACUCGGACCGAGGGAGCAGUGGGAGCGUCUCUGAGUACGAGAUUCAGAUCGAGGGGGACCAUGAGCAAGGGGACCUGCUGGGGAGGGAGAGCCAGAUCACUGAGGUGAAAGUGAAGAUGGAAAAGUCUGACCGUCCCAGCUGUUCCGACAGCUCCUCCCUGGGAGACGAUGGCUACCACACCGAGAUGGUUGAUGGGGAACAAGUUGUGGCCGUGAAUGUGGGCUCCUAUGGUUCUGUGCUCCAGCAUGCCUACUCCUACUCCCAGGCAGCUUCACAGCCAGCCGGCGUAGCUGAGGCUUUUGGAAGUUUGAGUAAUUCCAGCCCAUCCAGAUCCAUGCUGAGCUGUUUCCGAGGAGGUCGUGCCCGCCAGAAGCGGGCUCUGUCUGUCCAUCUGCACAGUGAUCUGCAGGGCUUGGUGCAGGGUUCCGACAGUGAAGCUAUGAUGAAUAACCCCGGGUUUGAGAGCAGCCCCCGGGAGAGGAGUGCAAGAGGUCACUGGUACCCGUACAAUGAGAGGUUGAUCUGCAUUUACUGUGGAAAGUCCUUCAACCAGAAGGGAAGCCUUGACAGGCACAUGCGACUCCAUAUGGGAAUCACCCCCUUUGUGUGCAAGUUCUGCGGGAAGAAGUACACGCGGAAGGACCAGCUGGAGUACCACAUCCGGGGCCAUACCGACGAUAAACCAUUCCGCUGUGAGAUCUGCGGGAAGUGCUUUCCAUUCCAAGGUACCCUCAACCAGCACCUGCGGAAAAACCACCCUGGCAUAGCUGAAGUCAGGAGUCGCAUCGAGUCCCCCGAGAGAACAGAUGUGUAUGUGGAACAGAAACUAGAAAACGAUGCGUCAGCCUCAGAGAUGGCCCUAGAUUCCCGGAUGGAAAUUCACACGGUGUCUGAUGCUCCUGAUUAAGAUGGUAAAGAAGUGCACCCACACAAAGCACAUUAAUCAAUGCCUAUUUGUGAUUUGCUUUGUUGUAAUCUUUGGUUUUCCCAACCAUCUGGAAAUCUCUUGGUCUCUUGGCAGUUUUUCUAAGGUUUCUGGAAGGAGCACUUCAUUGUGUUUAUCCUUGCCCCCGCCCUCCCUCCCUCAAGGAGCUCAAAGCCUGAAGGGCAGCGUAUCCAGGGAAAACACAGGCUGACAGGAUUCCUCUCUGGCUGAACUCUUCAUCCACAAUCUGCCAGUGAUUUAGCUAUGCCAACUGGUUGACCCUACAUUCUCUGCCAAGAGGCAUGCUCUCUCAUUGUGUGCACUGGCACCAGUGCAUUUCCAUGGAGGGAGACUGGGAUGCUGUCAGCUGAUACAAAUGGGUAACCUUUUCUAAUUUAAAAUUACUUUUAGGGGGUAGUUAGACAAUUUUUAUACAUAUAUAUAUAAUAAAGCAAUUAUUAUAUAUAUAGUAUAUAUACAUUCUCAAAUUUGAUUUUAUUCUGGUUGAGGUGAAUGUAAGAGGAAUAUAUAAUUUAAUACCAUGUGAACAGGGCUUUUGACUCUGUCUCGCCCCUACCUAAUAUGUUAGGGUUUUGCCCCUUUAUUUCCCUUAUAAAAGAAUGUUAAUAGGUUUUCAAAUAUAUUAAUCAUUGUGUCCAAAAGCAAGCAAAGCAAAUCACAGUGUUCAUAGCUCUGCUUCAUAACAAAUACAUAAACCAAAUGCCAUAAAAUGUAUUCAACUCUAGUUGGAAACCAUUUGGAAUUUUUGUUAGUUGUCCAGUAGGUUAAGCUGGAUGACCCGUGGUGCUGACCUUUUUACAUACAGUAGUGUUAUAUUAGUCAACCCCAAAGGAGCAGUGGUUUUCAAUGUUUUUACUGGCCUAUGAAUCUACCUUCAUUCCGUACUGUAGAAACAUACAUACCAGGUAACUAAAUCGAAUCACUCUCUACCGUGAGUUAGUACUCACACUAAAGGAAAGGGAUUUGUAGUUCUGUCUACAAAAUUCUCCAAGCAGUGUUGUGGUUUUUUUUCUUCUUUCUCUUUUCAAACAGCCAGUUCAGGUGCACAGCAACUUUUUCUACAUGCAGUUCCCAGGGAAACUGCAGAACUUGGAAUUUGUACUUUUUGUAAAGAUAUACUCUACGGGAAUUGCAAGCAAUAUAUCUAUCUUAGUAUUGUGUGAGCUGAUGAGAGCCUCCGUGGCUCCCCCGCUCUCUCAGUGUUUCCUGCUUGAAGAAACCAACAGUUAAAAAGCCCUCUAAGAUACUCUGUGUGUCACCAAAUCUCUGUGUGUCACCAUUUUUUUGGUCACGUGGUGCUAUUUUUAUGUUAUGUAUCUUUUAGGUCAGUAUAGUUGUAGAAAAUGUGAAAUCUAAUGGUAAAAGUGAAUUCUAAUUUUUUUCCUCUCUUGAGUUUAUAGCUUGAAAAAAGACCUCAAAAGCAUGUGCUGGCAAACACACUACUGUAUAAAAACAUACCCGAGUCCUAUUUGGAUAAUGUUUUAUUAGUACUUGAGGAAGUGUCUGCAGUUUUAUAUUUUGUUCACCCGUGUGCUUCUAGUAUACAAAACGGGCUUUAUGAGAUUGCCCUGGUACUGUAUACUCCGACAGAGCAUAAUGUUGUAAGCAGUUUGGUGGUGAGUUUGUGCUGCAGGCUGUUGGUAAGAUGUCAGCACUCCAGGCUCUCUGCUUGAGAACCUUGGCCCUGAAACUCACAACUAGCGUGUCUCCACGGGAGAAGAGCCCAAACCACCUAAGAGAAAAAAGCGAAAUUCAGACCAACCUCAGAGGCUAGGAGUUAAAGGAAUACAGAAGUAGAUGUUUGCUGGUUUUCCGUGCUUUUUUGGCUCUUAAAAUACCAAGAAUGGAGUUGGG